AUCUGUCGGAGCAUACGGACGUCCCCUUCCGCCUGCCCUGGGGUUCGACCUCGCUUAGUCAUCAGUUAGUAAGCAGUUUAUCUUAGGUAGUUGGCCGUACCGGCCACCCAAUAGGACAACUAUCCAUCGCUUCCCACAAUAUCCAUAAUUCACGUGAUAAUACUGAAACAAGCCCAGUCCAGCCGACUUCCUCUGAAUCAGACAGGGAAUCUUUGACAUUGACAACAGUAUCACGAUGGCCCCAAGACUAUCGUCCUUACAGCUUGAAAUCGCUCGCGACAUUAUUAUUAGCAAAGAACCGCUGACCAAUGCUGAAGGGGAAGCAACCCCGCAGUAUGCCCCUACUCCUGGCGACUUCGGCCGUUCCCUUGCCUCGUCCAUAUACAGUCCUUCCUCCCCCCUGCUUCAGCCGCAGUCCGAUAAGCUCGAGUUAGUCCAACUCUCUGAUUGGGAGGAGGGAAGACCUUACGAUGAAGACCCACCCGUCUACCUCCACUACUCGAUCGAGUGGAAGGUUACCGUAAACAACCGAGUGGUGGCAAAAGAUACCGAACCAGACCUGGUUUUAGCUCCCAGUGCUUACUGGUUCAAGGUUUUAAGGCAGAAGCUUGAAAGUCGGGUCAAAACGAAGACUCAGCGUAACAGGCGUCAGGUCCGAAGACACGGCAGUGGUGGUAUUAAUGCUGAAAGUACUUCAGGGCAAGCUCCAGCUUGGGAGCACGUCUACAGACUAAUGCGUUGCCCUGGAAAACCUUGCGACCUGGGCAAAUGGUGCUGGCAGGAUCCUAUGGGCAAGAAGCAUUACAGCCUAAAGACCCAUCAUUUAAUUGAUUUGGUCAAAUACGUCCGAGACGAACAUGGCACCCUGGAAACCCAUGAUGAUGUUCCUGACCGGAUUCGUGAACAGCUCUAUGCAGAAGAGCAACAGAGGAGUCGAAGUCGCGUUCAGAACGGUUCGUCCGUGAACACUUCGACUGGAAAUCCCAUCAACAUCAGAAAAUCUCAAGGCCAAUUUUCGAAAAGCACGUGAUCUGGCAAUUAGUAAUGGAUAUGACCUCGAGCAAGUUGAUAGCAAACAGGACCCAGGGUUUUUCGUCGAAUUUUUCAAGCAAAAUGGAGUCAUAGUGGGUAUUGCGGAACGUUUUGUCAGUGACAUUAGAGACUGGGUUGAAGAAUUUGAGGGACGUUC